AUGGCUGAUUUCACAGACAAGCUUCGACCUGCUGACCCCCAGGGCCCAACUCUCCUAUCCCAGGAGAGAGCCGGGUCCAGCGUGAACACCGAUCAAUUGGCAACCCACUUGCUUUCCCGCAAUGACUUUCUCAAUCGACAGAAGAAAGUCCUCGCCAUCCUGGAGCAAAUCCCCAUCUUCUGCAAGAAAAACCAGCUCAACAUGGCCCGUCCCGACCGCUAUCAUCUCAGCCUGGCACGAGCAAAGAUGCUGAGGAGACUGACUCUCAAGCACGGCUGGGACCGCGACGACUAUCUCAUGGCCGACUAUCUGAUGGAUGAGAUGGGCCCGUACGCUCUGCAUGGGACCAUGUUCAUCACUUCGAUUCGAGAACAAUGUAACGACGAGCAAAGAGCCUACUGGCUGCCCAAAGUCGAAAAUUGGGAGAUCAUCGGUUGCUACGGCCAGACUGAGCUCGGACACGGCAGUAAUGUCAGGGGCAUCGAAUGUCAAGCCAAGUGGGACCCUAAGACCAAGGAGUUCAUCAUCCACAGCCCUACCAUCACAGCGAGCAAAUGGUGGAAUGGUGCUUUGGGUCGAACGGCAUGUCAUGCUAUUGUGGUUGCACAACUGUUGCUUCCCGACCCGAACACUGGCAAGUACAAGUCCUAUGGUCCGCACCAGUUUAUCGUUCAGAUUCGGGACAAGAAAACCAACAAGCCCCUGGACGGCAUUGUGAUCGGUGACAUUGGCCCUAAAUACGGCUAUCCUGGGAUGGAUAACGGCUACAUGCUCUUCAACGAGUUCAGGGUACCUCAUUCAGCCCUGCUGUCCAAGUACUCCGGGGUUGAUCCAGAGCGCGGAACCUACAUCAAACCUCAAAAUGCCGCCCUCGUCUACGGGUCCUUGACUUUUGUGCGGGCUCAGAUCAUCAUGCACGCGAGACUCAUUCUCGCGAGAGCCGUCACGGUCGCGGUUCGCUACCUCUCUAUCCGUCGACAAUUUCCAGACCGAGAUUCCAAGGACCCAAAUGCCCCUGAACAAGCCGUGCUCAAUUAUCCCACCGUCCAGAUCCGCAUCCUCCCACUUCUGGCCACGACCUUCGCUCUCCAUUAUACAGGCGAAGCAAUGUACAAGCUCUACUACGGCACUCGAGAACAAAUCGAGAAGGACGGCGACUUAUCCCGUCUGGCCGAGAUGCACGCAGCCUCCUCUGGUUUGAAAUCACUGUGCACCACUCUUGCGGCUGACGGUAUCGAGACCUGCCGUCGGGCCAUGGGAGGUCACGGAUUCGGAGGUGGCAGCGGUAUGAUCGCUCUCAACAACGAGUAUCUGUCCAAACCCACUGUCGAGGGAGACAACUGGAUGAUCACGCAACAGACCGCGGCCUAUCUGAUCAAGAGGAUGACCGAAGUGACGAAGAACCCCAGGGCGAAGCCGGUUGACACCGUGGACGUCCAGUUCCAAGACUUUGUAGCCAACAAGUCCAGAUCAUAUGACUUCGACAUCCUCGGACACCCACUGGAGCUUGUCAAGGCCUUCAAGCACAGGGCUUCAUAUCUCUCCUAUCAAGUCUACCACGCCAGGGUCGUGGAGAAGAAGCCCUGGACCAGCAUGAUGAUCAGCCUGCACAGACUCAGCCGAGCCCACUCCGAGAGUCUCCUGGUGUCGAACUUCUACACCGCAGUCUUUGAGAGCACUCCCAACCCUCCACUCGAUGCCGCGACCUUGAACGUUUUGGAGGCUCUGUUCCGCCUGUUCGCACUGUUCACGCUGGACGUAUCUGCUUCUGAAUUCCUGCUGUCCCGGGCCUUGUCGGUCGACAAGCUGCAGCUUGUGACCCCCGCCAUCCAAGAUCUGAUGGCACAAGUGCGGCCCCACGCCGUGCGACUCGUGGACGCCUGGUCUGUCCCGGACUACUUGCUCGAGAGCGCAUUGGGCAGCUAUGACGGCGACGUAUACAAUCGCCUCUUCCACAAGGCACACAAGGAGAAUCCGCUGAACCAGCUGACCUUCAAUCCGGAUUGGAGGACUGAGGAGAUUGUGAUGGGCGAAGGCGAGGAGAAUGCCCGCAGACGGCUGGAGGCCCUGGCACUGGGCGUGACAGGGCACGAACAGUUUGGCGCGGUCAAGUCAAAGUUGUAG